AUGCCCAAGAAACGACGUCUUCUUCGACGAGAAGUCACGUACUCAGAUGUGAAAGAUGAUGAAUUCAACAUGCUCCACCAACUUGAUUAUUAUGCCCAACAGGCUCAAUUUUUCGCUCACCUUCGCGACAAAAGUGAUUGGAUGAAGGCAGUCGUCGCCCACCAUCUCAACUUGAGUUCACCCGCUGCAUGCGAAGUUUCGGAUGUUGAAGAUUGGCUUCACGGUAGCUUCAAUGUUUGUGUACCGGUAACUAUUCACAACCGGCAAAACAAGCGAGUUCUUCUUCGAUUCCCUCUGCCUUACCGUGUAGGCGAGACCUUCAAUCCUGGUAACAGCGACGAGAAAAUCCGGUGCGAAGUGGGGACCUAUGCCUGGCUCCAAGAGAAUUGUUCGGAAAUACCAAUACCCCAGCUUUAUGGCUUUUCUUUGUCAUCCGGAGAAGUGUUUACUCUUCUCCGAUGUAUGCCUUUAUUCUCUCGCUAUCUCUGGCUCAUGCGCCGGAAAGUUUUAUCAUGGCUAGGGAAACCUGCCCCAUCAAAUUAUACCCGUCAUCAGUACAGCAACGCCAUGUCCAUUGGCGGGCUGGCCGAUAUGGGCUACAUUCUGGUUGAAUUUGUCGACGAAACACGAGGAGUAAUGCUCUCCAAUACGUGGAAGGAAGGGCGACAUGACCGGAAGCUACGAACAAACCUUUUCCGUGAUCUUUCUCGAAUUUUUCUGAGUCUCUCUCGAUCUCCGCUUCCCAGAAUUGGCUCGUUAACAAUCGACAACUACGGGUUUUUACAUCUUGCAAAUCGACCUCUUUCAGUUGAAAUACAGCAGCUGGAGAAUGAAGGGAUAUCCACCGAUAUAUCCCGUGAUUAUACCUACUCAACCGUUGACUCAUACGUGAUUGAUAUGUUGGGAGCUCAUGACAACCGAUUUCGCCAGCAACCAAAUGCUGUUAAUAAUCUCGGAGACUGUGCUUACCAGCUCUCUGUGUUAACUGCCAUGCGAACAGUUUUUCAGUCGAUUUUCAACCGGAGUUUUCGAAGAGGCCCAUUUGUUCUUUGUUUCACCGACCUCCAUCAAAGCAACAUCUUUGUCGAUGCACAAUGGCAUAUAAAAUGUCUCGUGGACCUUGAAUGGGCCUGCUCCCGGCCAAUCGAAAUGAUGAUGCCUCCCUUUUGGCUUACGGACAAAGGUGUGGAUGAGAUUGUUCCUGCGGAAUACGAUCUUAUCCGUCGACAAUUUAUGGAGGCUUUGGUCACUGAGGAGGAAUUGCCUCACCGCAAGAUGGAUGAUGGAUCUACACCGUUGCGUCUCUCGGAGAUUAUGAAUCGUACGUGGGAAUCGGGUGCAUUCUGGUACACAAUGGGGAUCUCAAGUCCCUCGGGGGUGUUCACUAUCUUCAGCAACCAUAUCAAGCCUUUAUUUUGUAAGAAUUACGAUGAAGAGUUUGGUGUGGUCAUGCCUUUCUUCUUCGAGAAGAACGUGGGAGGUAUCGCGGGUCGCAAGCUCGCGGACAAAGAGAAAUACGACAAAGACCUUCGGCACGCCUUUGAACACCGUACAGACUAA